AUGCUGUCCCUCAAGUCUUCCGUCGCCAUUGCAGCCACUCUGUUCACGCAGUUGGGUUCUGCCGUCCCAGUCAACGAUGAGCGUGAUCUCACUUGCCUCAUCCCGGCGCCUCAGAAUGCCGACUAUGACGACCUGACCGGUCUCCCCGGCAUCAACCUCAACCCGCUGCCCUCGCCUUACAAGGGACUCGACUACCAGGGUUUCAGUUAUGCCAAUGUCCUCCUCCCCGGCCUUCAGCCAGGUGUCAAACCACAGACAGGUAGCCGCUAUGCUGUCUCCAACCUCAUCACCCAGCUCGGCGGGGCCCCGACCAUCUCGGCGCUCUACGACGGCUCCAUCAUCAGCGGCUUCGACCUGCAGUCGCUAUACUUUGGCUGCGCCAUCAACCUGGCCCAGGCCGUCGCGGGCAUCCCGGUCGAGUGCACCAUCACGGUGACCGGCUACCGCGGCAAGACCAACGACGUCGACACCGCCGUCCAAGCCUGCUCGCGCACCUUCACCUACAAGCCCACCUCCAUCUUCUUCGCGCAGAGCAUGGGCUUCUCGGGCAACGCGGCGUUCGCCGGGUGCACCAAUAUCCAGUUCGCCAGGGUCACGUACUCGACCCCUGGCCCGCUGUCGCCUGCUGCUGCGGCAGUGAGCGUGGUCAUUGAUGACCUGCGCUAUGCUACGCGGUCUUGCCCAUUGUAA